UCGAGGUCACCCCCCGAGGGGCACCAAGUCUCCAAGGCUUUCCUCGAAAGCGUUCGAGAGGGCACAGCUCUCGACCCGGGGAUAUCGCUGCCGCGCCCCGGAAACCGGCCACCUGGGCGAAGAUGCCCUCCUUCAACAGAUGGCUCCCCCCGGCCUCCCUCGUGCUCCUCUGCUGGGCGAGCGUCUGCGUGCCUGUGUGUGUGGAGGUGCCGUCGGAGACCGAGGCCGUGCAGGGCACCCCCAUGAAGCUGCGCUGCAUCUCGUGCAUGAAGAGGGAGGAAGUGGAGGCCACCACAGUGGUGGAAUGGUUCUACCGGCCGGAGGGCGGCAAGGACUUCCUCAUCUAUGAGUACCGGAACGGCCACCAGGAGGUGGAGAGCCCCUUCCAGGGCCGCCUGCAGUGGAACGGGAGCAAAGACUUGCAGGACGUGUCCAUCACGGUACUCAACGUCAGCCUCAACGACUCGGGCCUCUACACCUGCAACGUGUCCCGUGAAUUCGAGUUCGAGGCUCACCGGCCCUUCGUGAAGACCACGCGGUUGAUCCCCCUCCGGGUCACCGAGGAGGCGGGCGAGGACUUCACCUCGGUGGUCUCCGAGAUCAUGAUGUACAUCCUCCUGGUCUUCCUCACUCUCUGGCUGCUCAUUGAGAUGGUUUAUUGCUACAGGAAGGUCUCCAAGGCUGAGGAAGCAGCCCAGGAAAACGCGUCUGACUACCUUGCCAUCCCUUCGGAGAACAAAGAGAACUCGGUGGUGCCCGUGGAGGAAUAGAAAAGGGUGUGGCGUGCAGGUGAUGUCCAGGGAAGGGGGUGGAGGAAGUGGCAGUCGGGAUAGGCAACUUUCAAUUUGGGUCCCCGUCCGUCCUUCUCGGAGUCCCCACCCCCCUGAAGAGCAC